AUGGCUCUGAUUCAGCCUCAUCAGGUUCGACGUCUACAGAUGCUUGGCACUCUUUCUCUGCUCGCGAUUGUUGUCGGCGGCUCACUCCUCAUUUUUGUUGGUGCAAAUGCGCUCUCGGGUCGCAAAGAGAAAGAAGAACUCGGUAGGGCAAGGCCAUCAGGCCAGACACGUUUCAGUGUUGGACAUGAAUGGAGCAUCCAGACCUGGAUAGCCAUCGUUGGUGUUGCAUUUGCCCUAUUAUCUUAUGGCUUUACAGAGGCAUAUGUUCAUCUAUUCGAUACAUGGGCUAGUCGACAAGCUCAACUCAGCAAUGGCCUCGACUAUGCUCGGUAUCUCAACUCUCAAUCACGAGCACCAGUCGUCUAUGGCUUCAGAGGAUUUCCCUCCUUUAUCACUCUGCGAUACUUUCUGCUGAUUAUGAGCAUAAUUGCAUCUGUGGGCUACAAGUUUGCUAUUGUGAGCCCGGACGCUUGA